CUCGGAGUCUCCGCCUGCAGUUUUAUCUUGGCUGCUAGUGCCCGAGCUGAACCCAGCGGUUUGCAGGCUGCAGGGCAGGCGGUUGCGCUUAAUUCCAAAUGAAAAUGUUUGAGAGCAUUGACUCAACAGCCACAAGAUCUGGCCUGGAUCUUUGGGCUGAAAUCUGUUCCUGUCUGCCAAAUCCUGACCAAGAGGAUGGUGCCAACAAUGCUUUCUCAGACUCUUUUAUGGAUUCUUGCCCUGCAGACGAAGGCCAGAGGGAGGCCCCAGACUUUUCUGUCCAGCCAGCUGUAAAGCCUUGGGCUCCCUUGCAGGAUUCAGAAGUAUAUUUAGCAUCUCUAGAGAAGAAACUGAAAAGAAUCAAAGGUUUAAAUCAGGAAGUAACUUCCAAGGACAUGCUCCGAACCCUGUCCCAAGCCAAGAAGGAAUGUUGGGAUCGGUUCCUCCAGGAGAAACUAGCAUCAGAGUUCUUUGUGGAUGGACUUGACUCUGAUGAGAGCACCCUGGAACAUUUCAAGAGGUGGCUCCAGCCAGAUAAAGUAGCCAUCAGUACAGAAGAGGUCCAGUAUCUGAUUCCUCCAGAGUCACAGGUUGAGAAGCCACCGGCUGAGGACCAGCCAGCAGCGGCAGAACAAUAAAUUCCACAUACACUGAGCAGCUGUCUUGGGACUGGAGGGAGCAGUGGCGAGGGAAGGAAUAAGCCCAACUUUCCCACUUGCAAAGCAAACAGCUGUGGGCCUCUAAGGACUUGCAUGGGGCCUGCCUAUGUGAUUGCCUUGGAUAAAGGACUGAUCCAGCGUGGGUUAUGUCAAAAUAUUGACUUCCUCUCUGUCUCGCAGCUUGGCUGGGUUCUGCUACUGUUGGGAAGAAGUCUGCUAGAAUCUAGUAAAGGUCCAAGUGAGAAAGUAUUUGGAGAAUGUGCAGCCCUUGUGUAUAAUGUACAAGUUAAGGGAGCCCUAUGUUUCCUUGCCUCUCCUGGAUGUUCCCCUCUCUGUCCCAGACAUUUCCUUGGUAAAUCGUCAGGGGUGAAUGGGGCCAAGAAGAGUGAACUGUGUUUGGUUAACUCCAAGGCCCAUUUGGGGCUUGUCUAACAAGUUCAUCCAUACUAAGUAUAGGGACUUCAGAAAAAGAGCCUGGGCCCCCACUUUGAUUUGUUCCUCGGGAAAAGCAGCAAAGGAAUUAGGAAAAUGUAGGUGUUUUCCUUGUGGCUAUCUAUACUUUUUUUAUUUCAUGCAUGGUUCCUUCCCCAAUUUCCUCCUGCACUUAAUGGAACCAGGUUCGAAGUCAGACUGGUCAAUAUGGUGUUAGUAUUUGACACCACUCCUGAGCAGCUCUGAGCUUGCUGCUGCUGGUGGCAUUCCUGCCCGGGCUUGUGUUUCCCUUCCUUGUUUACAUUGUUCUUAUUUAGUCUGUGUUGUCCCUAUAAAGCUUUUCUCAGAAUA